AAUGUCUCAGACAGUGAUGCUCUUUCCAAGUAUGUACUGUGUACAAAUAGGACUCUGCAAUGGAUUUUUUCUACCUUUUAUAGCAAUGAAAAUGUCAGACAUAGAAAGAUACCAUAAAAAAUAAAAGGAAAACGGGAUGGGGGCCUUCUGCAGUCUAUGCAGCUAUUCUUCUGAUUGCAGUGAGUAUGCAUGCAGGCUUGCAGGACUUUUAGCACAGACCCCAAGAAAGCAGCUGUUAUUCUGGGGUACUAGACUGCCUCAUAUGGUACUGAGAUUGAUUUCUACGAGCGAGAAGGAAAGAGCUUGAUAGGGGUUGGCUUGUGUUGAUAGAUAAGAAAUCAAACAGAACAAGGAAGUAAGACAGAGAGACGUAGCAGCGUCUUUAACUAAUUGACAAGAAACGAAGAUCAUUUGCUUGUGAAGCAAAAUCUCUCCACCAACACAAGAUAGUAGGAGAAAUCCAAGAAAAGAGAUCGGCAUCUGGCUUUUGCUUUUAGGGAAAUGGAAAUUAGUUUGGCUGGCUUUUCUCGCCUUCUUAUAUCCCGGCAAUCAUGCAUUUCUAAAGUGGAUUGAUCACGAAAUCUCUCUCUCUCUCUCUCUCUCUCUCUCUCUCUCUCUCUCUAAUUGCCAAUCGGCAUCAUCACUUGAGCUUUGAAGAUGAAGGGAAGAAUUUGUUGUUUUAUGAUAGCUCUGCAGAUGGUGAGUUGGGCAUCUGCAACAAGCAGGACUUAUCCAUCAAAUUAUAGCGUUGGUGCUCAUCAACCAGACCAGAACUCAGAGUCUUCAACCGUUACCUUGAAGGCAGAAGAGGGUUUCAAAAGCGAGAAAGCGAAGAUAAAUGAAGAAGUAAUGUACAAAGGGGCUAGCAAAAUAGGGUCAAUUCCACCGAGCUGCGAGCACAAGUGUCGUGGAUGUAUUCCUUGUGAUGCCAUUCAAGUACCCACCACAACCAGACACAGCAAUGUGGGCAUCCAGUAUGCAAACUAUGAGCCUGAGGGCUGGAAAUGCAAAUGUGGUCCCUUCUUUUACAGCCCAUGAAAUCCUCCAUGAGGAAGAAUUCCAUUAACAUUAACAUGUAAUGUCAUUGUACAAAAGUUAUUUCUAGAUUAGCUCAAGAGAAUCUUCGCCUGAACAAAGAUUAAAGUAGAAGAGCAAGAAAAGUUUUGAUAAAGAAAAUGGGUUUUGCUGAAGUAUCGGAGAAUGUGAAUUUUUUAGCAUUACAUUUGAGUGGAUGGUAAUGCUUUGCUGGAGAAAUGUAAUUGCGGCUUUCUUGAAAUGCCAUAUGUU